AUGGAAGAGGGACCGAGGAAAUUGAAAUCCCACACAACCGUUGACGCUACGGAAAUUGUGUUUGCUUUGUUUGGAGUUUUUGGAGACGCUAGACAUAUAUAUGUACCAGAAUCCCUAAACCUUGAUGCGGACCUCACCAAUAUGGAGCCAAAAGUAGAUGCCGAAAAAUUUUCAACCGAUAUGAUGCGCAAUAAUAUAAAGCCCAAUAAUGGUUUCGUCCCAAUGAAUAAUAUUAUAUUUUUCAAGACAUAUCCUCGUUGCGGAAAUGGAUUCAAAAGAGACGUAUUAGGAGUAUGUCGAGAGGUUUGGGACUAA